AUGAAGUUGAUUGAAGCUCUACUUCAUAUGAGAUUUCAGCAAAGUCGUUAUGUUGAUUCUUUGUUUACAAAGAAUGUUGGAAAUGACAUAGUGAUCAUACUGCGGAAGUAUGCACAAGAGUUAAUAUUUGAGUUAGGUCUAAGUGGUGCAAAGCCAGCUCAAACACCCUUAGAGCUGAAUCAGAAGUUAACAUCAGCAAAGUAUGAUAGUUGCAGUUGCUUCAAUACUGAUAAUGCUCACUUAGAUGAAGCUCUUGAGAAUCUUGGUGUAUACCAAAGAUUGGUUAGAACAAUGAUAUAUCUUACUAUGACCAGGCCUGACAUUGGUUUUGUGGUUCAGGUACUCAGUCAGUACAUGCACUGUCCUAAGAACUCUUACAUGGAGGCAACACCGAUGGUGGUAAGGUACAUAAAGGAGGCACAAGGUUUGGGGCUGCUAAUGCCUGCAGAAUCCUCAAAUAAGCUGAUUGCAUACUGUGAUUCAGACUGGGGAGCAUGCAUACAAACAAGGAGAUCAGUUACAGUGUACUUAGUGAAAUUUGGCAAUUCAUUAAUAUCCUGGAAGUCGAAGAAGCAAAAUACUGUCUCUAGAAGUUCAGCACAAGCAGAGUUUAGAAGUAUGACAGCCUGA